UUUUUCCCCGGAGAUUCUUCAUAAGUCGCACCUCCCUCUUGUGCCGCCGAGCUUCUCGCCGGCGCUCCUCGCAGGAAACCGCGCCCGGCCAACUCCCACGCCACCUUCACUUCUUGUAGUGAGCCCUCCACAUCUUCUCCCCCUUUGUUCCGAGAGCCUCCAGAUAAAAAGGGAUUCCUGUGGCCGAAAUCUUCUCGCUUGCGGAUCCCUCGCCUCUCUUCCACUCUCCCACGCAGGUUUGGCUUCCCUCAUGAGAUGCCCUAGCCUGGAGGGAUUCGUGAACGAUCACUUGGUCCACUCCUCGCCGGAUUUCCCUUGCUGCCAGCGACGACCUCUUCUUGCCGGCUACUCUAAUGCAAAAAGCAUGCCCCUUUCUUCGUUCGGCCCGAGGACCUAGCCGACGACAUCGCGACUUAUAACCCGAGUAACCCUCUUUGCGAAGAUGGCAAUAAUGCUGAAGAAGCUUAAAAAAAAAUAUGCAAGGGUUAAAGAUGAGAUGUUGCGAUGGGAUGAACUUCAAUCUCAAUUGCUCUCACAAUUUGGGAAUGCCUCCUCCAUUAUUACUAGAUUGCCGGUGCUUAAAGAGGAUAAGAACUAUGAUGCCCUACUAGUUUUGCCUGGUAUUAAAGAGGCGCUUCUUGGUAAACAGACAGAAGCAUUGGAAAUGAUAUACAUAUCCAUGACAGAUGCAUUGAGGGAGUUUCAUAGGAUUGUUUUAUCCUUGGAGAAAAUUGCAAGAGAUGCUGACCAACUACUGAAAGGAUCGACUCCAUACCAGAUGCAACUACGUGUUGGCAUGCAUCCAACUCUUCAACAAUGCCUAGAUGGCCUUAAUACUCUUCAUAAGAUGCAUAAAUCAGAAUACCUCCUUAAAUCUUCAAUUCUUUCAUCAUUGAUGUUGAAUUACUUAAAAUGCAGCGGCGAUGAUAUAGCUGCAUUUAGACAACUGUUGGUCGACCAACCAAACAUCUCGAAAGAUGAAGUUCGAACCAUUUUUGAGCUGGUGAUGGUCUCAUAAGUAAGUGAUAACCUGCUUAUGUAAAUAUAAUUUUGUUAUCUUAGAUUGUAUGGUUGUGGACUUGAGUGAAAAAGUGACCAAAUUCACAAAAGGGAUCUGUUUUUCUUCAUAGUUUUUGAGGAGAAUUAACGGGGAUGUUGUUUUGCUAAGGGAAGGGGAUUGAUGGGAAGAUUGUGUUGUCAAGGUUAUGAGAAAAUAAAGGCUUGAUUCCAUUCUUAA